CGCUGAUCCACUCAUCUGGCAUAUCCUUCAUCAAGUUUCUCUUUCGCUGGAGACAUGGCCUACUUCAUGAUCGCUGGACGAGCAAAUGAUCCCGAAUAUGCACGGGCUGAAAUGCUUGCCCAUCAUCUCAAUAUCAACCUCCCUUCUUUCCAUAUCACUCUUCUCCCCCAACAUCCUGACGAUUGGCCAGACUAUGCACGUCAGAUAUUCAUCCAAAACGGGUGGGCAAACCGUAUGGCCCACGAUCGGACAUUCAAGACUCCGGAAGGACUGGAACAGAUGGUCUGGCGAGAAAGUGGCGAGUUGAUAGGCGAUACAAAAGAUUUCUUGAAAUUUAUCAAGCAAGCAUAUGAUCAAGAAUACAAUCUUGAUGAUGGCACGCUAGCGGAUAUUGCAAAAGAGAAUUACGAAGAGCUAUUGGCGAGUAAGCAGGCUAGUAAGUAGAGAUAGAAGUAGUAGUAGAUGAGGUUAGCGAAGUGUUGUCACCUCUGGAAUACUGUAUAGCAUUGCUGGAAACUGGUGCAUGAAAUGGGAAUUUUCUCAUAGUGACGAUUAGAUAGAUACAAAACAGAAGCGACAUCUAAGCAGAUACCAUCACAUACAAAAAGGUACAGCACCAUACGAAUCGUUAUAAAAAGGUUACUAAACAUUGCUACCUACACUGUC